AUGGAGCUAGAGGUUAACAAGGGGGUUGGUCGGGCGAGACCUGCCCGGAGUAGGGUCAAUGUCUGGGGGCCCUCCUGGGGUCUGUCUGGCCGUCUGGGAGUCCGGGUGCUGAUGCACAGAGACCACCUCACCUGUCGCUUCCUGCAGGGUUCUCUGCCUCACGUCUGGCUGCAGCGUUACUGGGGCAAGCAGCGCUUUUGCCAUCUCUCAUCCUUCUCUCGUCUUUUCCCAGCCCUGAGGAAGGGGGACAAGUCCUCGCUGGCCCCUGAUGGGCCCUCCAGCUCGCCGCAAGUCCCAGGCAUGACCCUCAGCCCACCGAGACCCAGUGCUCAGCCUGCUGCCUCCAGCAGCUCUUCCUCCAGCCACAGUCACACUGCUGCAGCCUACCUCAACCACAACAGCAGCUCUGGAUCCCUCCCAGGGGACAUGGACGAGAUGGACAGCCUCCGCUUCGGGAUCAAGCGCUUCAACGAGUAUGCGGUGUCCCUGACCCCUUCCACCACUGACUCCAUCAUCGUAGAGGAUGCAUACUACUCUGCGGUUCAAGCUGAUCUGGAGUCAGAUGCCCAGGACUUGGAUGUGGAGUCAUGGAGCCUGGCUGUGGACCAACAGUACCUGAAGAAACACACCAAGGAGAUGGUCAAGAGACAGGACGUCAUCUACGAGUUGAUGCAGACAGAGAUGCAUCACGUACGGACCCUGAAGAUCAUGUUGCGUGUGUACGUGAGGGAGCUGAAAGAGCACCUUCAGAUGGAUGAGCGGCGUCUGGACUGUCUGUUCCCGCGGCUGGAGAACCUACUGGAGCUACACACACACUUCCUGUCCCACCUCAAAGAGCGGCGCCGAGACGCCACGCAGCCCGGCAGCGACAAGAACUACAACAUACAGAGACUCGCUGACAUCCUCACCACACAGUUUUCAGGUGAGAUAGGGGAGCGGAUGAAGGAGAGCUAUGGUGAUUUCUGUAGCCGCCACACAGAGGCUGUCAGCUAUUACAAGGAGCAGCUACACAACAAGAAGUUCCAAAACCUCAUACGGAAAAUCAACAAUUUUUCCAUUGUGAGAAGAUUAGGAGUGACAGAGUGUAUUCUCCUGGUGACACAACGCAUCACGAAGUACCCAGUGCUGGUGGAACGCAUUUUGCAGAACACAGAAGUGGGCACAGAGGAGCAUGAGGAGCUGACGAGGUCUCUGGGUCUGAUCAAAGACUGCAUCGUCCAGGUUGAUGCCCUGGUCAACCUCCAUCAGAAGGCCUCGCGCCUCCGAGACAUCGCCCACAAGAUGGAGCCCAAGUCUCUGGGCAAGAUCAAAGAUGGCCAUGUGUUCCGCGGAGAGGACCUGGCCCUGGGCAGACGCAGGCUGCUGCACGAUGGGACCGUCAACCACAAGGCUGCCUCUGGCAGACUCAAAGAUAUUCUCGCUGUGCUGCUGUCAGAUGUCCUGUUGUUACUCCAAGAGAAAGACCAGAGAUAUGUCUUCUCUACUGUGGACAACAAGCCAUCAGUGAUCUCCCUCCAGAAGUUGAUUGUGAGGGAGGUGGCCCACGAAGAGAAGGCCAUGUUCCUAAUCUGUGCCUCCCCCAAUGAGCCUGAGAUGUACGAGAUCCACACCGCCUCCAAGGAGGAGCGCAAAACCUGGAUGACACACCUCCGCCAGGCAGUGGAGAGUUGUCGACACACAGAGAGGCUCUUCAGUGAGGAGGAGGAGGCUCGAGCCGCCAAAUUCAAAGAGUUCCAAGAUAGUCUGAGCCAGAAGGAUGGCCAGAUCGUGGCAGGUCUGACAGAGAAGCUGCAGCUGUUUGCAGACAUGGCAGAGUCCGUGGCUGGUCUUGAGGAUAUGGCCUCACGCUCCCAUCUGCUGCUGCGUGGUGACGCCUCAGACCUCCACCAGGGGGAGACGCUGCUCAAGGGAACCAUCACUGAAGAAGGCAGUGUGAAGAAGAAGAACUACAGUGGAGGGGACAAGGCCAGAGACAGGAGCCAGAGAGCCCGCUCUGACACCCAGCUCAAGGAGAUUCAGGCCAGCCAGGCCCUGGAGCAGCCACCGUUCUUUGACCUGGUGUUGAUGCUGUCUCAGAGACUCUACAGCCUGCAAGCCAUCAUAACCCAGCAAGACAGCCACAUCAAGCUGCAGCGCACCUCCCUCACUGAGCGUGCCUCCUUCCCCGGCGGUCACCGUGGCAACGUGCUCCUGGAGCAGGAGAAACAGAGGACGCUGGCCCUGCAGAGGGAGGAGCUGGCCAGCUUCCACAAGUUGCUAUUACUGCACCGACAGGAGCAGGCUCGUUGGGAGAGGGAGCGGGAGUGCCACCGGUUGCAGGCAGAGGCCGCAGAGGACAGGCUGAGGCAGAGAGAGGAUGAGAGCAGGAGGCUGGAGGAGAAGAGAGAGGAGCUGGAGAGACAGAGGGAGAUGUACCAACAGGAUCUGGAGAGACUGAGGGAGUUGACCCGCGACGUGAAGAAGGAACGCCUGGAGCAAGACAAUCGAGGUGGGUGA